AGUUCAGAAAUUGAAGAGUUCAGACACUUGUAAAUUUCCCCUAUUUUCUCGGAAAGUGAAGGAGAGUGUCUCACGAAACUCCCAUGGCCCGGUUGAGCUUACUACUCUCCGUACUCCUCGUUUUGGCCAUCGCCGUCGCCGGAUCGACCUUCGAUGAGUCUAACCCCAUCAGAUUGGUCUCUGACCGUCUCCGCGACUUCGAGACUCAGGUCCUUAACGUCGUCGGUAACACGCGCCAUGCUCUCUCCUUCGCUCGCUUUGCUAACAGGUAUGGAAAGAAGUACGAUACAGUUGAGGAGAUGAAGCAUCGAUUUGGGAUCUUUUCGGAGAAUCGGAAGCUGAUUAAAUCCACAAACAAGAAGGGCUUGCCUUACACUCUUGCUGUGAAUCAUUUUGCCGAUUGGACCUGGGAAGAGUUCAGACGACACAGGUUGGGAGCUGCUCAAAACUGCUCUGCCACUUUAAAGGGCAACCACAAGCUCUCUGAUGCUCUUCUUCCUGAAACGAAAGACUGGAGACAUCAAAACAUAGUCAGCCCAGUUAAAGAUCAAGGCCACUGCGGAUCUUGCUGGACAUUCAGCACAACGGGUGCUCUUGAGGCAGCCUAUAAACAGGCCUUCGGGAAGGACAUCUCUCUCUCCGAGCAGCAGCUCGUGGAUUGUGCAGGAGCUUUUAACAAUUUUGGAUGCCAUGGUGGAUUACCAUCCCAAGCCUUCGAAUAUAUUAAAUACAAUGGUGGACUUGAGACCGAAGAAGCUUAUCCUUACACCGGACAAAAUGGUAUUUGCAAAUUCUCAUCAGAGAAUGUUGGUAUCCAAGUGGUGGAAUCCGUCAAUAUCACUCUGGGUGCUGAAGAUGAAUUAAAGCAAGCAGUUGGACUUGUUAGGCCAGUGAGCGUGGCAUUCGAGGUAGUGAGUGGUUUCCGUUUUUACAAGAAAGGAGUAUUCACCAGUGACACAUGUGGCAACACUCCCAUGGACGUGAACCAUGCUGUGCUCGCAGUUGGGUAUGGAGUGGAAGACGGAGUCCCAUACUGGCUCAUCAAGAAUUCUUGGGGUGCAAGCUGGGGUGACAAUGGCUACUUUAAGAUGGAGCUGGGAAAGAAUAUGUGCGGUGUUUCAACUUGCGCGUCAUACCCAGUUGUCGCUAAGUGAGUUUGGCACACUUUGGAAGUAAUAGUAGGCCCUGGAUGGGUGGUGAAUGAUGUGGACUGGGGUUGUCGUGGUCUAGCUCCUAAACGCUAGAGAGGGACCCCGCUCACCAAUUAUGUUUUACAGGAAAUAAUUAGGUUGAUUAUGUACAAAAUAAGAUCCAAGACUGUUCUUGUUAUGUGGCCUUUCUGGAAUGUAUGUAAUUUGAAAAAAAACCUAAAUCUUGUGUAAAUUCUUUAAUGGUUAUAAUGAAUCAAUAUUUGCUU